AUGAAAUUAGAUCUCCUCCAGUCCACUGGGGGCAGAGUGCAACAGAUGGAACAGCAGAUGGGCCAGGUGAGACAGAUGUCAGAUAUGCAAAUGUUCUCCUCAUCCACCUCCUCCACCUCCUCCACAAGCUCCACCAAGCUGCGAAAAGUCUCUCAGGGCUUGUCAAGGACCAUGGAAGUUAGGAAUUAUCCACUGAGAUCAACUUCUCCUACAGUUCCUUCAGCCAUGGUACUGAAAUCCCCUCAGAUCCCAGAGGGAGUGUCUGUCCCAGAUUUUGAUGAGAAGCUGCGCCCUAUCACUGCCCAAGAGGAUCUAGCGCUGGUCUUCAAAAAGAUGCUGAAGAAGUGUAAUGUGGGGAAGAGGGAGGAGAAGUGGCCCCCUACAGAGGAGGAGAUGCUGAAGAUCCUGGCUAGAGACGACAAAAAGGACGACGAGAGGAUCUGCCCCGAGCACAGCUUCACCGACUUCAGCAUCCUCAAGAAGCUGAAGGAGAUGAAGAAGAAAGUGGAGGUGGAGAUGGUAGGUGUGCUGAAGCCCCUUGAGGACAUCACUGCCAAAGCUGACACCAACAUCGUCUUUGACACCAUCCUGACUAAAGAUCCAAACAUCAGGAUGCAGUGGUUUCUGGGCGCAGAGCUGCUGCGGAUCCAGUACUCUCAUGGGAAAUAGGAAGUGAAACAGAUGGGAACCAAGCACCUGCUGUGCAUUUCCAGCCUGAGCCUCGGUGACACGCGCACCUACACUCUGCAGGUUGCAGACAAGAGACUGUCAGCCAAACUUAACGUCAUAGAUGAACCUCUGAAAUUCCUGUCUGACUUAAAUCCCAAAAAGGUACAGACUGCCAUGUUCGAAGUCCGCCUCUCUCAGAAGACGGAUUCAGCUCUAAUCUGGAAGGUAAAGGGAGAGGAAGUGAAAAGAGAUGAAAAGUUUGACGUGUCCCUGUCUGAGGAUGGUCUGAACUACACCCUCAAGAUUAAGGAUGUGAAAGUCAGUGAACCUGGAGAUAACCAUCAGCAUCACCUCACUGCCACCGUGCCACUUUUUAUAGAACGUAGGGUGUCGUAUUUUACAGGCAAAACUUUUUGUUAUGCUUUGUUUUUUCCCUACAGGCCUGUGUCUUCCUGUUUUAGUGGAGCUAGCAUUUCUAAGGAAACAAACUUCCCCCUUCAGACUCGGUGGAAGCUGGAGCAUGUAAAUAUCUUUACAAGGACAUGUGGCUGUCCUCUGGGGUUGCAGGAACAGAAGCAUAAAAUGAACAAAGCUGUUUUCUCUUUGCCAGAGCGCUUUGCCUCAGUGAAGAGCAGUAUGUCAGAUGCUCAGUGUCCUACAGGCUCCCCUGCAGAGUUGUGCGUCAAACUUAUUUUUUUAAACUGGCAUUUAAAAAUGUCAAGCAUACAUAGUGGGGUCCUUGUGGUCAAACAGGGAGCCGUCCACAGGCUGAUCUUCUCUGAUGUGACUGACGCUCAUGAGGGCAAAUACACUUUCAGAGCCAAGGGGGCUGAGAGCGAGGCUGUACCCACUAUUGCAGAUCCUCCGGAAAUUGAUUCCUCGUUGUUGGGAGCUCAACCUGUGACUUUGAAGGCAGGCCAGACUACCUCUAUUAAGAUCCUCUUUAAGGGCAAACCCCCUCCCAAGGUCACCUGGUACAAGGAAGGUGCGGAGGUCAUGGAGGAUGAGAGGACUGAGGUGGAGAGGAUGGCUGACGGCACCAUGCUGGUGCUCAGCAGAUGUGUGCGAGAAGACAGUGGAGCAAUGAUGCUCCGUCUAAAGAGCGACUGUAGCAGUGCAGUGGCCAACCUGCACGUCAAUGUGAUUGACCAUCCUAAGCCUCCUCAAGGGAAAGUGGAGUUUCUUGAACUAUCAAGAAAGUGUAACAAGAUGUGGAAAACCCUGCGGUACAAUGGAGGUAAGCAAGUGACCAGCUUUGUGAUUGAACGGAGCGUGGCUGGUAAGAAGUCCUGGACUGUUGGUGAAGUAGACAGCAGGGCCACCAUCUUCCCAGAUAACAAAGUGGAGGAGGGCCGGGCCUACCAGUACCGCAUCAGGGCCGUGAAGGUGGAGGGAAUGAGCGACCCUCUGGAGACAGAGGAGGUGCACGCUGGAGAACCUGUAGAUAAGGAUGACAAAGGUCUGUUUGAGAGCCUGACCAAGCAGGCGAACAAAGAGAAGUUGAUUUUGUAAGAAGUCUGCUUCAGAUUUCGUCACUUUGAUUGGCCACCGACCUUAUAUUAUGCUGCAUGCUCUGUAGCCACUAACUGACUUUAGCUGUGGUUAGUCUUUAAUAGAUUAGAAAUCUAUAGAUCAGAUAGAACAUCAGUUUAUUUUGUUUUUGUUUAAAGUGCUGUUUAUUCAACAUCUUCCAACUUGCUUUGACACAAUGUUCCAGUGUUAGUAAUGCAACAAAUGGCCACUAGAUGUCAUGCUUGCUCCCUUCCUUGUGAAGGCAUUCUGCCCCAGGAGCAGAUUAGUGUUUGGUGUGUUGAAGGGAUUUUAACUCAAUAGUCAGCUCACUCAAAGGUCAUCCUUUCUCUCUAAAUCACAAACGCUUUCCUCGAUAUAAAAGUCUACGUUUAUCUUUUCUCAAGGGUUCACAGUUUUAGCCCAAAUACAGUUGUUUUACAAGGCGUGGUGUACAAGGCCACAUUCCAUGUCAGCAGAUGUGUCUGUCCUAUAUAUCGCAGUGUAUCAUUUUCCCACAGGCACUUUGAGUCUGAGGUGGGUGUGAGAGCAGUCGGGCGCACUGCCAAUCAUGCAACUAUCUCAAAUCCUACUUCAAGUUCCCUUAGGUGUCCUAAUGGUUAGGUUUGUUAACAUGCAUAACAUGCAAAGCCCUGAGUUUGAAUCCAGUCUACAACUUCUAUCAGGCCUCGUCUUUUCUUCCCUGAAGAAUUCCACUAUGGACGAUUGAGUAAAUAACACAUAAAUGCAUUCUAAUAUAUUUCAGAAAAACAUAGAAAUGAUUUAAUCCUAAACCAAUAACUUGCCACUGUGCAUAUAAUGCUGCCAAAAAGUGUCAUUUCUUUUAUUGGCUCUGUCUAGACCAGGGGUGUCCAAACUAAGGCCCGGGGGCCAAAUGCGGCCCGCGGA